AUCAACAUGUCAGGUCGUGGCAAAGGAGGUAAAGGUCUCGGAAAAGGAGGCGCCAAGCGUCAUCGAAAGAUCCUUCGUGAUAACAUCCAAGGUAUCACCAAGCCAGCCAUCCGUCGUCUUGCUCGCCGUGGCGGUGUCAAGCGAAUCUCCGGCCUCAUCUACGAGGAGACCCGUGGUGUUCUCAAAGUCUUUCUUGAGAACGUGAUUCGUGAUGCUGUGACAUACACAGAGCACGCCAAGAGAAAGACCGUGACAGCCAUGGAUGUGGUGUACGCUCUGAAGAGACAAGGCCGCACUCUGUACGGAUUUGGCGGUUAGACAGACCAUCCUGGCACAAUACAAACGGCUCCUUUAGGAGCCACCAAAUGCAAAGAAAGUCAUGAUCAAUACACAUGUUUGCCUUUUCUCAGUGUGUUACGAACGCUUACAUCUCGCUCAUUCAUUUGCUAAACAAAACGAUUGCACCAUCCGUGCGCGUCACGAUAUGGGGCAGCAGCUUGGAAAGAGAACAUUGCGCGCAAACGAAGAACGGAUGAAAUCCCCUUGGCAUUACUUGCCCGCUUUCUCUUUUCCCUCUUCCUUCCCUUCCUCUAACCUUGUUUCUACAGUUGAAUAUUU